UCUCCAUCAAACCCCUUGCGGUGUCGCCUGUGCUGCCCAUAUUUUAUCAUACUCUCUACUUAUUAUCCGGUAACGGCCCCUAUUUUUUCCGGCCGACCAACUUAAACCCUAUCCACAAAACAAAGAAAAAAAAUUAAAAGAACCCAAAAAGAAAAAAUUAUUUCAAACAGUCAAAUUCGUUACAUUAGCUCAUUCAUUUCAGUUUCAAAAGGGUUUCUACAUUUUUAGUUUUAAAUUUCUGGGUAUCAAUUUGUUUUGGGUUUGUUGAAGCAAUGGCUCAGGUUCAAGCGCAACCACAGUCACCUGUUACUAGUGCGGCGACGGUAGCUCCACCGUCUCCGCCGAAUGGGAUGGCGAGUAAUGCAGUGAACCAGAAUCAGCAGCAGUUCGUGUCGACUUCGUUGUACGUUGGGGAUCUUGACUCCAAUGCUAAUGAAACUCAGCUUUACGAUCUGUUUAGCCAACUGGGUCAGGUUGUUUCCAUUAGGGUUUGUAGGGACUUGAGUAGUAAACGGUCACUUGGUUAUGCUUAUGUUAACUAUACCAAUGCCCAUGAUGCUGCUCAGGCAAUGGAAGUUCUGAAUUUCACUCCUUUCAACGGAAAACCGAUUCGGAUUAUGUAUUCUCAUCGCGACCCGACUAUUCGUAAAAGCGGCGCAGGCAACAUUUAUAUCAAGAAUUUGGACAAAACAAUUGAUAACAAAGCUUUACAUGACACCUUCUCCACAUUUGGAAAUAUCUUAUCUUGCAAAGUAGUUACUGAUGCAUCGGGUCAGUCAUUAGGAUAUGGUUUUGUGCAAUUUGAUAAUGAGGACUCUGCGAAAAAUGCAAUUGAUAAGCUUAAUGGUAUGUUACUGAAUGACAAACAAGUCUUUGUGGGACCUUUCCUUCGUAAACAAGAAAGAGAAUCUUCUGUCGAUAAGACAAGAUUCAAUAAUGUUUUUGUAAAGAAUCUUUCCGAGACUACAACUGAAGAAGAUUUGAAGACAUGUUUUGGGGAAUAUGGUGCCAUUACUAGCACUGUUGUUAUGAGAGAUGGGAAUGGCAAGUCUAGAGGUUUUGGGUUUGUCAAUUUUGAGAGUCCAGAUGACGCAGCUCGAUCAGUUGAGGGUUUAAAUGGAAAGAUAGUUGAUGACAAAGAGUGGUUUGUUGGAAAAGCACAGAAAAAAUCUGAGAGGGAGACUGAAUUGAGAGGUCGGUUUGAGCAAAAUGUGCAGGAGACUGUAGACAAAUUUGAAGGAUUGAACUUAUAUGUCAAGAACUUGGAUGAUAGCAUUACUGAUGAGAAGCUGAAGGAGUUAUUCUCGGAAUUUGGCACAAUUACUUCUUGCAAGGUUAUGCGUGAUCCAAAAGGUGUAAGUAGAGGAUCAGGCUUUGUUGCUUUCUCAAAUGCCCAAGAAGCAUCGAAAGCUCUCACAGAGAUGAAUGGUAAAAUGUUAGUUGGCAAACCGUUGUAUGUUGCACUUGCACAAAGGAAAGAAGAACGAAGAGCAAAAUUGCAGGCUCAGUUUGCACAAGUGCGCCCUUCUGGAAUGGCACCUGGUGUGGGUCCUCGAAUGCCUAUCUACCACCCGGGUACUCCAGGUGUUGGACAUCACGUAUUCUAUGGUCAAGGCCCUCCUUCUAUUGUCCCACCUCAGCCUGGAUUCGGGUAUCAGCAGCAGCUUGUUCCUGGAAUGAGGCCGAUUUUUGUUCCGAUGAUGCAGCCAGGUCAGGAGAACCAGCGCCUCGGUGGCCGAAGAUCUGGAGCAGGGCCAAUGCAACCUCAGCAACCACAUCACAUGAUGCAGCCUCAGAUGAUUCCUAGGGGACAUAUGUACCGUUAUCCUCCUGGUCGCAGCAUGCCUGAUGUUCCAAUGGCUGGUCAUCCUGGAAGCAUGCUUCCUGUUCCUUACGAUAUGGCUGGAAUGCCACUGAGAGAUGCUUCAUUUUCCCAGCCUAUGCAGGCUGGGGCUUUGGCGACUUCACUUGCUAAUGCAUCACCUGAGCAACAGAGGAUGUUGCUUGGUGAGAAUUUAUAUCCAUUGGUAGACCAGUUGGAGCAUGAAAAUGCUGCAAAGGUGACCGGCAUGCUCCUGGAGAUGGACCAGACCGAGGUUUUACACUUGCUGGAGUCUCCAGAAGCCCUGAAAGCCAAAGUCUCGGAGGCUUUGGAAGUGCUUAGGAACGUUCAGAAGCAGCAGCAGUCUAAUACUCCAACUGAUCGUAUUGCCUCAUUGUCCCUAAAUGAUUCUUAAGCUUUUGUUGUCCGCAAGUUUUGGAUUCAGAGUUAUGGUUAGUUUCUAUCUGGAUUUUGCUUGUUAUUUGGAGUUAAAUUCUAGUUGAUCACUUUUAUAUCAAAGUGAAUGAGUAGUUACAAUGGAAGUUACUUAUUAUGUUUAAUCGCGCCAUGGCGCAAAGUUUUGCGAUUAAGGCUGUUGUUUGUAAUAGCAUGAAUGUUAUUUUUUGCUGCAGUUUA